AUGGGACAAAAUUACAAGGAAAUUUCGGCCAUUGCGCAGAAACGCCGGGAUGAUUCGCUCUCUGCCUUCUUCCCUAUCCCGGAUGUUGAAGAAGAGAGUCUUCCUCGGGACCUGAGAUCCUACCCAAAGACUUCUGGCCUCUUAACGCAAAAUGAGCUAGACAUUGUCGAUGCUAACGCUCAAACCCUGCUUCAAAAGAUAAAGGAGAGAACACUGACCUCAGUUGACGUCACAAAGGCAUUUUGUAAGGCUGCUGUGAUUGCGCAGAAACUGACAAACUGCGUCACUGAAGUCAUGUUCAAUGAAGGCUUAGAACGAGCAAGGUAUCUAGAUGAAUACCUGGAACAGACAGGAUCCGUCCUGGGACCACUUCAUGGUUUACCAUUAUCUCUGAAAGACAGUUUCAUAACCCCUCCUUAUCCAUCUUCAAUCGGCAUGGCAUUACAUGCAAAUACUCCCACGGCACGGGAAUCUGUCCUUGUAUCCAUGCUCAAGGACCUGGGCGCUGUCUUAUAUGUGAAAACCAACAUCCCGACAGCAAUGAUGAUGGCAGAAUCUACAAAUCGGAUCUGGGGUGAAACUAGGAAUCCCAUUCACAAGGGCCUUACCCCAGGUGGAUCAACGGGUGGUGAAGGGGCACUUCUUGCAAUGAAAGCGUCGCCUCUUGGCGUUGGAACGGAUAUCGCUGGUAGCAUUCGCAUCCCAAGUGCUUUCUGCUGCCUUUACGGUUUGAAACCUUCUUUUGGACGAUUCUCGACCUUGGGAGGGCAGCCAAGUAUCGCGGGCCAAGAUUUCAUAUAUGCUGUCUGCGGGCCCAUGUCCACAUCCCUUGGUGCCGUCAAGUUGUUUUGUGAAUCGGUUCUAUCCGAUACAGCAGCACCCUGGAAUCUUGACCCCAAAAUCAUACCCAUGCCGUGGAGAAGGGAUGUCAUCCAGCCCAAGGGACGCAAGCUACGAUUAGGAGUUCUUGGGGCCAAUGAUGGGACGAUAACUUGCCAUCCCCCAGUAGAGCGUGCUUUGUCACUCGUUACCAACGCCUUGAAGGCCGCAGGACAUGAUGUGGUCCCUUGGGAACCAACUAACCACAGAGAGAUCGUCGAUUUGCUUAACGAAGGGUUUGACGAGCUAGGAUCUGACGCCAUCAUCCCAUCUUUGGAGGCAUAUGAGGAGCCAUUAUUCGGCUCCAUGGAAAGGGCAUUCAGUGCGUGUAAGAGAAGGUCUACUAAGUUUGAUCCGGCCAAACUACGGGAAAUGAUCAUGAAAAGAAACCAGUUCCAAAAGGAAUACCUUGACCGGUGGAUGGCAACUAAAACAGACACUGAAGGGCCCAUCGAUGCCAUAAUUGCCCCCGUUGCGCCAACAGGGGCUCCUCGCCUUGGUCAAGGGGAAACAGUGGACUAUGUCGGGUUUACUGGAUUCGUUAAUUUGUUGGAUAUUUCUGCCUGCACGUUCCCAGUGACUUAUGCUGAUAAAUCGCUUGAUCUUCCGCGGGAUGAGGGAUGGGUGCCGCUGAACGAGAAGGAUAAAAUGAUACAGGCAGAUUACGACCCUGAGUUCUACCAUGGAGCUCCCGUCUCCCUGCAGCUGAUCGGGAAACGGCUGGAAGAGGAAAAAGUGCUUGAGAUGGUUGAAGUCGUGGCUGAUGUCUUGAAUAGUGCGAAAUAG